AUGUUCUGGGGCUGUAUUGUGGCUCCAGGUGAGACCAAGAAGGUUGAGACAAAGGCAGGCGAACUUCUUCACCUGUCCCAGGCGUGCUUAGCGCCAGACACUCCCAGCGGAGCCUCUUCAAAAGUUCUCGUGGAGCAGACUGGUCAGACCUAUGCCGUCGCCUGCCUCAAGGAGGGAGGGCAGGAGUUCUGCGCCCUGGACUUGUUUCUUGAUGCCAAAGAGGCGAAGAUCGCAGUCAAGGGCAAGGCCACCGUUCACCUAACGGGUUACUUCGAGGCAGAUGAGCUCGACGAGGAUGACCUUCCACCUGCAGCACCACAGGGCUCGCCAAAGGCGAAGGCAGAGCCCAAGUCUUCGCCCAAGGCGGCACCGAAGAGCUCUCCGAAGGCAGCCCCGAAAGCAUCGCCCAAGGAGGCCGCGAAGGCCAAGGCUGCCGCAAUGGAGGACGACGACGACGAUCUCCUGGAAGGGGAGGAAGGUGAAGAGGAGGAGCCCAAGGAGUCUGACAAGGUGGUGAAGCCAGCAGCCAAGGCCUCCCCCAAAGCAGAGCCGAAGAAGGCAUCGCCCAAGGCGGAGCCGAAGAAGGCCACUCCCGAAGACGACGAGGAUGACGACAUGGAGGAGGAGGAGGAAGAAGAGGGCGCAGAGGACGACCCAGUGGUGAAGCCUCAGGGCAAAGCUGAGGCCAAGGGCAAGGCUAAGGCGGCCCCGAUGGGUGACGAUGAUGAUGAUGACGAGGAGGAGGAAGAAGAAGAGGGCGAUGACGACGAUGAUGAAGUGGACGAGCCACCUGCGAAAAAGUUUAAGGGCGACGGAAAGGGCAAAGGCAAGGAUAAGGGAAAGGGCAAAGGAAAGGAUAAGGGAAAGGGCAAAGGGAAAGGAAAAGACAAAGGAAAGAAGGGCAAAGGAAAGGGUAAGGGCAAGGGAAAGAGAUAG